AAAGUGUUUUCAACUAAUAAAAAAAGCCAAAUAACUAUUAAAAAUAAAUCUCGUAUAUAAAACUAAAGCAAUUUUUACCAUCUCUUGUAAGCACUGAUGAACUCAGUGUAGAUCGAAAACGUUUGGCUAAUCUAUUAUUUUUUUAUACCUUUCACUCAUUAAUAAAAUAAGUUAUUGAAACAAAACUUUAAUUUAAGCGAUUUUUAUAUAAUAAUUAAAAUAAUUAAGCAAUGGCUUACAUAAAAAGGGAUCCCUUUCCCAUCAGUGAUCUAAUAAAGUCAAAUAAGGACAAGAUCCAAACAAAUCUGGAUGACUUUAGUAACGCUAAAGUCGAGUCAAAGUUUCAUCAAUUGAAGCAUGAAUUGAAUAUUAACGACGAAUACUCUAUAAACCUAAACGAGUUUAAAGGGAAAGUCUUUCCCCGACUCUGGGAACUGUUGUCGACUACCAGUGCUCUAAUGCUGUUACAACUCAUUCUCUACAACGACUAUAAGACCCAAAGAUCACAACUAAUUAAGAGUGCUUUGAAGGCAUCAUUGGUCCCGCAAUUGGUUAACAUUUAUGAGACAACUCGAGACAUACAAACCAAACAACUGGUUAUUAAUCUGUUUUCCGUAUUCUGUCUGUCGUUUGAAAGUAAUCCAAAACUCCGUAAACAUGUCCUCAAUAACAAUGUAGUCAUCGAUUCAAUAUUAAGCGACGAAUCACUAAAAGUCAAGAGAUGUGCCGUCAAUGCAAUGUUUGUGACCGCAUAUAAUGCCGACGUUAAGGAUCAAUUGACGCCAUUAGCUAAGGGUUGUCUGCCAGUCCUUUGCUCCCAACUCGACUCCGAUGACAAAGAGUACCUGAAUUUAGUUUUGUUAACAAUCAUUAGUUUCCUGUUUUGGGAAUUUAAGGCAUUUCUCGGCAAAGAGAAAAAGUUGUUGACUUCGGAGGACACUCUGUCGCCAUUUGCGGUGAUAAUCCAAGACUGCGAUGGCUUACAACGAUUGAAUCAAAUCAAUAGUCACCGACGGGACAAAGAGUCGAACAAUAAGUACUAUAAGCCCACACAAGAGGAACGGCGAGUCGAGGAGAUAAUGGCGCUGGCCUUUCACAUGGAGACCCGACCCCUGGAGCGGAAACAGUCCGUAUAUGUUUUGUACACUUUUCCAGGAGUUAAUAUCAAGGUAAAACAGCAACAGUGUUUGGGCUGUAAGAAAGAGAUGGACCCCCAGAAGAAGUUUGUGAGGGCCGACACCACCAUAUUCUCGUGCAAACACCUCAACCUUUGCAAGGGGUGUGCCGUCAAAGGGGUUACCAAAAUGUAUAACCAAGAGUCAGAUCUGCCCACAUUAUUGUUGGUUAUGUAA